CCCCCGGAUAAUAUAGGUUGAUCAAAAGCAGCGGCCGCGCUUGCUGGACCCUUUUGCCAGGAUGCUGCUAUUUUAAUGUGGAUUUUCUGCCUCCCCCGACGCUCCCCCCUCCCUCUCCCGGUGCUUGUUUCAGUCAACCCAUGGAGAACCGAUCCUGAAGGCGCGGAACAUUUAUCUGGGCAUCCCGACGGUGCUGAGCCAAUCCGUUCAAGCGCGGCGUGUGAGCGUGUGUGUCUCUGCGUGUUCCUUUUAGCGGGAUCUGUGAGGGCAAAACAGCUCGUACGAGCUUCCAGCCCUUUACGGCGACGAACUGAUUUGUUGUUGCUGUUGUUGUCUCUUCCCAACCGGAGUCGGUGAGAACCUUCUGGCGGGUCCUUCCCGCGUCUCCUUCGUUUGGCUCCCAGCCUAGGCGAAGAAAGGAGGGUGGGGGGGUGGGAAACAGGGACCCUCGGAGAAGAGAUGCCAGGGGCGGCUGAACACCCCGAUUUCGCCCCCUCCCUGGUGGGACAGGAGGCCUGGCGGGGCAGUUCGUGAGGGAUGGCCUCCGCGGCGCCAUGGAGUGGCAAUUCAACUUGCUCCUCUACCUCGCGCUUUUCUUCCUUCUGCUCUUCCUGCUUGUCCUGCUCCUCUUCGGGGUCAUUAAGCAGCUGAAGAAUUCCGUCGCCAGCACCGGCGCCCUCCAACCCGGCCGCCCCUCUUUGAGAGAGCCCUGGGGCUUCUGCCGCGAGCAAACCCUGUGAGGCGAGGCGAGACGAGACGCCCCCGCCUGGAUUAAA